AUGUUCCCGGCGUUUGGCUUUGUGGCGGCUUCAGCAUAUCUGAGCGUAGGGUUGAUCGAAAGGACCAGUGCUGCAGAUCCCAGAGGCAACGGAGUUUCUUCCCUCUCUAAUCCUGAAUAUCCAGUUGAAAAUGUUACACAGGAAAAGUUCCUAAUGGCGACUACCGAAACAGCUGCGCUAUCAAAAAUCCCUGUGGUGUGGGCUGCGCUGUCCGGAGCUGUCUGCGCAGCAUUGUUCCUCGUUCUGAAAUACAUUCAGCCCUCCACCUCCUCCCAGAAAGAAGCUGGAGAAGCAAUUCGAUCCCAUCGUACAAGGAAGGACGCAGAGGGAGAUGAAAGUUUGGAGGGAGAUGAGGGACUGGCUGGUGCUGGUGAUGGAGAGAGUGGGGAGGAGGAUGCAGCUUCUUCCCAUGAUGAAACUAAGGUAGGGGGAGGGGCUUCUGGCUUUGUUAUGGAACAAGAAGAAUCCGAAGAAGAGGGCAUAAUGACACCUUACCAUCAAUCUGGUGCCAUUAACACUGACGAUGACAAAAGUGAAGCAGAUACUGAGGAUGAUGAGGAUGCCAGCAUCCACAGAGUGGAUGAUCUGAUCGGUCCCGACCCCAUCCCAGAGAGAGGCCAGCCAUGGCCACCAGCAGACCCCGCAGUUACUCUGGGGAGAAAAGAGGUGGAGGAAAGGGUGGAAGAUAUGCAGAAUAUCGUGGAUUGCAUUGAGGGGAGUGAGAGAGCAAAACCUUUUAGAGGCAGCCGAGGUCAUUCGUUUACUUAUCUGCUGUGGCAGGCAUUCUACUGCAGCCAGAAGAACCUAAAUGCUGAAUGCGGCCCAGAUGUUCCUAGGGAACUAAAUAAAAAUUUCAGAGAGCUUGUUCAGAAAAUGGAAGACCUAAUCUUUGCGUACCGUUUUGAACAAGGAGCGGGAAAUGAUUUACGACGACUAGUGACGAUAGGCAAUGCUUUACGCACAAUCGAAGUGGUCGACGGGCGGGAGAGCAGCAGGGGUCUCUGUGGGGAACAUUGGGUGGCUGGCUGGAGCUCAUAG